UUAUGGUCUGUUAAAUUAACAUUGGACUAUGUGCCAUCACUGGCAGUCCAUCUCUAAUAUUGAACAAACAAAGUUUACUCUUCAUUAAACUGCAGAUAACGGUGGUUUCUGCCGUGUUUCCAACAAAAUUAUAAGAAAAAAUGUCGCAGGAAGUUGAGGAAACACUCAAGAGAAUCCAGAGCCACAAAGGUGUUGUGGGUACAAUUGUGGUCAACAAUGAAGGUAUUCCGGUAAAAUCCACGCUGGACAACACCACUACUGUUCAAUAUGCUGGACUUAUGAGUCAGCUGGCGGACAAGGCACGAAGUGUAGUGAGGGACUUGGAUCCUUCCAACGACAUGACAUUCCUGCGUGUGCGAUCCAAAAAGCACGAGAUCAUGGUGGCGCCCGACAAGGACUUCAUCCUGAUUGUCAUCCAAAACCCAACCGACUAAAUGGCCUGGGGUCGUCGGACCAGUUGCUGAAUUAACUGCACAUUUAUACAUAUAUAUAUAUUCAAAUUGUCAGCGGAUGAAAGGAAAGUUAAAUUAUAACGAAAUGAAAUUGUA